AUGACCACCUGGCAUCACACUCACCAGCACCAGCACCAGCAGCAGUAUGAAAACGCAACGGCGUAUGAAAACCCCACCACGGCGUACCGCACGCAUAACAUAUGUUUUCAGCGCAUCGUCUACCGCUUCCUCAGCAUUCCCUCAUCCUCCACCACCACCAACAAAGGGAGUCAGCUAAGUAGCGUACACGACGCUUAUCAACAACACCCAUUCGACUCUACCCUCCCAGCGAUAAACAGUGGGAUGCGCUACGACCCUCCUUCUCCUUCCUCCCCUCAACUCCCUCCCUCGUCCACCACGAACCUACCACCAUCAUCGUUCCACCCUGCCCACGCCCAUCUAACACGACACACACGCUCACCAGCAUCCCGCUCCCGCCCCAGAUCACGUCCUCCCUCCUCCAGCUCUGCUCCUUUCCCACCGUCAUCCGCCGCAAAUGGGUCAGGCGAGCCUUGGAAUACUCACUCCCAACACCCGACCAUCAUCAAGAAUACACCCCCUUUGUACUUUCCUCAUCUCAAGACAUGCUCACCAUCUCCCGCCUUUGCACCACCAUUCCCACCACGCGCAUUCGCACUCGCUGCCGAAGGGGUUAGACACGCAAGCUGUCAAUUUGAUAUCGCUCCCUUCUUACGAUCCUCUCCCCCCUCAAAAUCAAACUCAAGUAUGUUGGAUGUUGGAGGUCCAAACGGAAACGGAACGGGAAACGGCAACGCUUCUUCCCUAUCCGCCUCUUCCCCAGGUGGGGGAGGGAUCAUGUCAAACGGUCUCCCGGACCCAGAUUCGUUGCUGACACCUGGCGGGACGACCCCCGUCGACGUGUUGAAUGGGCUUAAUAAUCCCAGUGCGAAUGGGUUGAACGGGACACCGACUAGAAAAGAUUCAUUGGGCGAGGAUGCACAAGGCGCACGGAACCGCGAGCUCGAACAAGAGCUCAAAGCCUACCGCCGACGAUCACGCAGCUCAUCCAGCAUGGAACCACCUCUUUCCGACUCAGCGGGUACCGCGGGAACAGCGGGGGACGGCAGCAGCAUGAUCCUUCAUGACGAGCUGCACCACUUCCAUGGGCAUGGGCAUAUGGGGAGACUGCCGAGUAUGCCAGAGGAGGGCGGGGACGAUGGGGAUGAUCUUAUGAUGGGGCUUGAGGAUGACAUGGGGAUGGGGAUGGGGAUGAAGGGGAGUUUGAGCCCUGAUUCGACGGAGGGUGAGAAGGAGGGGGAGGGGGAGAGGUUGGUGGAGGAGAGGGGGCGGACGAGGGGGGUUAGGGGGUUGAAGGCUGAGGUGCAGAGUGAUGAUUCGUUGUUGGGGAUGUGA